GCUCCUCGGGCCCACGGCUCCACUCUCGCCCUCUUCCACUCCACCCCUAACCUGGCUUCUCUCUCUCUUUCCGUGGCACAAAACUCCCCGCUCCGGUCCCUCAAGCGCGCCGCCUCCCCCAUCUCCCAGUUCCGAGUUCAAACCGGAACUGGAAGUGUGGUGGGCGGGGCCCGUGGGACGGAAGGCGCUGAGGAGCCGAAGCCGGGACUCGGCGGUGGCCCGGGUCGGUCCCGCGCCACGGAGCGCCGGGCGGCGGGGCUGCGGGGCUCCGGGCUGAAGGGCAGCGAGCGGGCCGGAGGGCGGGCGCGGCCCCCCGGGCGCCGCGGGGGAUCAUGUCGACAGCAUCCGCCGCCUCGUCGUCCUCCUCGUCUUCUGCCAGUGAGAUGAUCGAAGCGCCAUCGCAGGUCCUUAACUUCGAAGAGAUCGACUACAAGGAGAUCGAGGUGGAAGAGGUUGUCGGAAGAGGAGCUUUUGGAGUAGUUUGCAAAGCUAAGUGGAGAGCAAAAGAUGUUGCUAUUAAACAGAUAGAAAGUGAGUCUGAGAGGAAGGCUUUCAUUGUGGAGCUCCGGCAGUUGUCACGUGUGAACCAUCCUAAUAUUGUAAAGUUGUAUGGAGCCUGCUUGAAUCCAGUAUGUCUUGUGAUGGAAUAUGCUGAAGGGGGUUCACUGUAUAAUGUGCUGCAUGGUGCUGAACCAUUGCCUUCCUACACUGCUGCUCAUGCCAUGAGCUGGUGUUUACAGUGCUCCCAAGGAGUGGCUUAUCUGCACAGCAUGCAGCCUAAAGCACUAAUUCACAGGGACCUCAAGCCUCCAAACUUACUGCUGGUUGCAGGAGGGACAGUUCUAAAAAUCUGCGAUUUUGGUACAGCUUGUGACAUCCAGACGCACAUGACCAAUAAUAAAGGGAGUGCUGCUUGGAUGGCGCCUGAAGUGUUUGAAGGUAGCAAUUACAGUGAAAAGUGUGAUGUCUUCAGCUGGGGUAUUAUCCUUUGGGAAGUGAUAACACGCCGGAAACCCUUUGAUGAGAUCGGUGGCCCAGCUUUCAGAAUCAUGUGGGCUGUUCAUAAUGGCACUCGACCACCGCUGAUCAAAAAUUUACCUAAGCCCAUUGAGAGCUUGAUGACCCGCUGUUGGUCUAAGGACCCUUCUCAGCGCCCUUCAAUGGAGGAAAUUGUGAAAAUAAUGACUCACUUGAUGCGGUACUUCCCAGGAGCCGAUGAGCCAUUACAGUAUCCUUGUCAGUACUCUGAUGAAGGGCAGAGCAACUCAGCCACCAGCACAGGCUCAUUCAUGGACAUUGCUUCUACAAAUACCAGUAAUAAAAGUGACACAAAUAUGGAACAGGUUCCUGCCACAAACGACACUAUUAAACGCUUGGAGUCAAAACUGUUGAAAAACCAGGCAAAGCAACAGAGUGACUCUGGACGCCUGAGUUUGGGAGCCUCUCGUGGGAGCAGUGUGGAGAGCUUGCCCCCAACUUCUGAGGGCAAGAGGAUGAGUGCUGACAUGUCUGAAAUAGAAGCCAGGAUUGUGGCGACUGCAGCCUAUUCCAAGCCUAAACGGGGCCACCGUAAAACCGCUUCAUUUGGCAACAUUCUGGAUGUCCCUGAGAUCGUCAUAUCAGGUAACGGACAACCAAGGCGAAGAUCCAUCCAAGACUUGACUGUUACUGGGACAGAACCUGGUCAGGUGAGCAGUAGGUCAUCCAGUCCUAGUGUCAGAAUGAUCACUACCUCAGGACCAACCUCAGAGAAGCCAGCUCGCAGUCAUCCUUGGACCCCUGAUGAUUCCACAGAUACCAAUGGCUCAGAUAACUCCAUCCCAAUGGCGUAUCUUACACUGGAUCACCAGCUACAGCCUCUAGCACCAUGCCCAAACUCCAAAGAGUCCAUGGCAGUGUUCGAGCAGCAUUGUAAAAUGGCCCAGGAGUAUAUGAAAGUUCAAACCGAGAUCGCAUUGUUACUACAGAGAAAGCAAGAACUAGUUGCAGAAUUGGACCAGGAUGAAAAGGACCAGCAAAAUACAUCUCGUCUGGUACAGGAACACAAAAAGCUUUUAGAUGAAAACAAAAGCCUUUCUACUUAUUACCAGCAAUGCAAAAAACAACUAGAGGUCAUCAGAAGUCAACAGCAGAAACGACAAGGCACUUCAUGAUUCUCUGGGAUCGUUAUAUUUUAAAAUAUGCAAAGACCUUUUUUUAAGAGAAGACAAACUAUUAUAACAGUUCAUGAGUGUUAGCUUUUUGGCGUAUUCUGAAUGCCAAAUGCCUCUUCUACUUGCUGCGUUUGUUAUGUCAGUUACUUUUCUUCUUAAGUGGAUAUAAAACCCACUGUCCUGUUGCAUCAGAGGAUAGCACCUGUGGCGUGGGAAAGCAAGCAUUCUCAGCUUCAGAGCACAUGGAGUGAACCUGGCUGUAUGUGCAUGCUCCUGGUGUGAGCUACCUGACAGGUGGGGUAGCACACUGGCUACUGUGUGCAGACAUCAUCCUUUCUCUGUAGUAAAAGGUGGGACCUCAAGGAUUUUCUUCAUAGCGCUCAUCUCAAAAAUCUGGGGUUUUUUCCCCAAUAGAGUGUAUGCUCCAAUGUAAAGACAGGGUAUUAAAAUAACUGGUGGUGCAUUACAGAGGGCAGAAUAUUGAAAGACAGGUUUUUGUGUCGACACAUCCUGGAUCAAUACUAAAUGUAGUCCCACCUGUUAAUAUUAAAGGUAAGUGGUGGCAGCUGUGCUUAUGAAAGCAAGUUUACUGAUUUUCAUAAGGUUGAGCAUCGUCUAUGAGAUACUGAAUAAUAUGCUCUUUUUUACACCCUACGGUUUUUCAAUUCUGUGUGAAAACAGAAGCUUUUCUGACUUUUAAUAUUAGUAGCAGAUGAAAUUGAAAGAUCACUAUGUAGCUUAAAUGAUCCUUCUUAUAACCAUUACUGAAUUGUUCUAUGAUAUAUUUAAAGAAAAUUGAAAAAUAAUGGAAACAAAUAAUCGGCCCAGCUAAAAAAGGCUUGAGCUUAGAUAUCUAUUAUACCAAAUAAGGAACAAAGCAGGCAGAUCAAGAGACCUGAAUAAGGAAGAGAAAGGAGGAAAAUUAAACCCACUUCUUGUGGAUAUUUGGAGGAUUUGAUUCCUCUGAAGUCAUUUCUGGAAUGCCUGUUGCCUUCCCAUGCUUUUAAGAGAAUUUGAACACUUACAAAGAGAAUAUUUAUAUUGUUAACAAUAAGUUUACUACCAACCUUCAAAAUAACUUAAAGGUAAUAAUAAAAUGCCAUUAAAAAAAUAAAUUCCCUAAGAGCUAUUUUUUCAGUCCAUGUUAACACAUUUUGAUACCAGUUCAUGAAUGUCUUUUAAAUUGAAUGCCAUCAGCUUCGCUUUUAUAGUGUUCAUGUUUGUAAAGAGAACUUUGGGACUGAAAGAUGAUUGCUGUGGUCCUUAGACGUACAUCUAGCAUGCUCCUGCUCUGUUCCAGAUGAGAAGCUAUGGAAAGUGUUCUUUAAGGCUAAAAUAGAUAACCUUUUUUCCGUCAUAUUUUCCUCUCUGCGUUUUGUAAUGAAUCCCUUCUGUAAUACAGUGAAGGUAAGGGACAGUUUAUAGCAACAUGUGCCUUCCUCAAAACCUGCUAAUAGAACGCUCCUGGGAGCUAAGUAUCUUCUUUCACUUAAAUAAAAAGGAAGAUUAUAUUCCCAAACUCUGUUAGGUGAAGUGAAUGUGGCGCUCAACAUUAGUAGUGAAAUAAAACUGACCCAGAAGAUGGCUGUAGACUAAGAUGAAGACCAACACCGCCCUGCUGCUGCUGCCUGUGGGUAUAUCUGUCACUCCACAGAAGGGCCAUGGUCUCUGCUAUACAGCAUGUUGUAAGCAUCUUGACUUUGCAGUAAAUUCCACAUUACAUGGAUGCAAGCUCCUUUCUAGCCAGUUUUUUUGCAAGAUCUACAUCCUACAACUAAAAGGAAAUUUUGUUGUUGUCAUCAUGUGUAGUCACUUGAAAGCAUUCAAACAAGCAAAUGGAAGAAAAUGCUGGAUUUACACAUGAUACCAAUGUCAAAAGAGUGUUAAGCAGUUAGUUCCUUAUGUAUGCACAGUUCCUUGGGGUUUUCAAUACUAUAGUCCUGGACAGCCGUGAGUGCAUUGCCACACUCCCCGAAGGUGAGCACACCAUCCAUACUUGAAAUCCAUACCAGUUUCCUCAGUGUCUCUACCUAUAAAAUUACCAACAUGUCAAGGAGCCAGGCGGUCAUGAGUUCUUGUUCUACAGUUUACACAAGCCUCACUUCUUGGGUGGAAGUAGAAAACAGGCAGACAGGUUUCUAAGUUGAUGUCCAAGAACCACAGUCCUGCACAGACACUACCACCAUUUUGUUUCCAUUUCCAAGAAGGGAAGCAAGGUUGUACAAUGUGGAGUCAAGUCCUCCUCAGCAAUAAACCAUGCUCUGGGUUGAAUAAAAGUCAGUUAACGCCAUACUGCCAUACUGCCAUACUGAAAACAUCUGCUUAAGGUUACUUACAGGUGGUUGGCUAUUUUUUGCUGAAGUAUUUUUUAAGGAGCGAAUGUCUUUUUCCUUCAGAUUUCUGUCAUGCUCCCAAGUCCACCCUCUCCCACAGCCAGAGGUUACAGGUGGUUUUGUUUCCCCCUCCCUCCGUGUGUGUGUGUGUGUGUGUGUGUGUGUGUGUGUGUGUGUGUUCCUUAACACUCAACUGCUCUCGUCACAAGCUAGUAAGUCCUAUCUACUUUUACGCCUGUCAUUCAAGUAUUUCUUGUAAGAUGAUGUAAUGCAGAAAUUCUUGUGCAUACUAUGUAACUGAAGGAGGCUUUUUGAUUUAUUUUUGUUUUUAAUAAAAUUCAGAUUGUUACUUCAGGCUGGUA